AUGCGCCAAAACGGGAGAGAAUGGGAAUCCUGGUCGCUUAUCUUCACCCGCCUUGGAUACUGCUAUCACUUCAAGCCGCCAAAUCUGACCUGGUCGGACGAAAACACGGGAAAGAAUCAGCUCUCCGUGACAAUUGCCUUCAACCAGAGCGAUUUCGUCCUUGGAUGGGCGCAUUCUCGUGACGAUCUCACGCUUUUCAUCGAUGCUAACUCGUCCAACCCUAAUCCAAGCCCCAGUCUUACUGAUAACGUUAAGGUCGUGAAAGGAAUGAAUCCAAUCAUCGAAUUGAACCAACUGAACACCAGCCGAGUGGGUGGAGUUCGCUCCCCUUGUUGCUGGAAAAACGCGUCGCUGGAAGAACAAGUGGACGAAAGCUGUGGCGAAACGAACCCAGCAGACACGGAGGAGUUCCAGUAUUCGUACAACAACUGCAUGGAAAAAUGCUUGGUGAAGCAGAUCAUGGAAAGCUGCAAUUGCAGCCUCCCGUGGUUCAAAUUCACCUACCAGUGCGACAAGAACUUCGUCGUGGCCCGCGAAGAUUGCGAGAAAAUUCGAAAGCUGGACGAAGAAGGAUAUUGUCCGUUUACGAGACAUGUCCAGUGCGUUUCAUCGAUUAUGGUCAAUCAAAAGAACAAGUGCAGAUGUAUUCCCUCUUGUAAGGGUGUCCUCUCCUACAACUACAAGAUCCAAUAUGAAGGGAUUCAUCAACACGAUUUUCGAAAACUAACAAGAGUUCAAAAAAACAACCACGAAAUCGUCAACUUGGAUCUGGCCAGUUUCGCGAUUUCGCUCAACGACGACUACGAAACUCGCCGCGAAGAGAAGCUCGACUAUCCGCUGCUCUCGCUGGUUUCCGAUAUUGGCGGCACGGCGGGGCUCAUUGCUGGAAUGAGCUUAGCGACUCUUUGCGGAAUAAUUGAUUUCUUCGCGACGCUGGUGCUGCGCAUGGCCAAGGCUUUGAUAUUCUGGGUGGUGCCAGCGCCGAUCACUCGCUUGGCGGUAUUUAAUUUAAUUAGCAGGUGA